AAAAGGUGUGGUAUAGUAUAUCUCGUUAAGUGAAACCGAAAGGAAAACGUGUGUCUUUCCUGCAUAUUAAAUAAAACAAAAAAAAAAAAACGUGUGAAAGUACCGUGUAAAUUUGUCACUUCGAAAUCAAUAUGCCGAAUACUCUUGCUGCAAUAUUAUUUUAAAGAAAAGCAUUAAUUCAGAAAAUUUCCGUAUCUUCUUCCGUCUUUUCAGCGAUAGCAAGAUGAUCAGAUUAUAUUACUGGUUCGCUCUACUUACACUUGGCGUUUUGGCGCAAGAACAGUCAAAUAAAAAUGAAAUUUCACAAACGUUGCUACCAUGUUACACAAAUGCGUACCUUCGGGAAAAGGAUAACAAAUUACCUCACACGUUAAAUACACUGAUCGCAAUUAUUCGAAAGAUCGAAGAUCGAGAAAACUUGAACAUGGACUUACGAAGCCUGACUGUUGCAAUUAUGCACAAAUAUCGCAAAGACGGUAUAUUGGAAAAUCCACGUGUCCUUAAGAAACCCGGUGUGGAACCUUAUGUAAUAGAUAGUUUACAGAGCGAAAAGUUCUUGCGAAUACUAGAGUUAAUACCGGAGAGAACAAAUACGCUUCCUGACGACAUAAUCAGUGAUGUAGAAACAUGUUCCCUUCAUUCCAUGCUGUCUGGCAGUAUCGAACUCUACGAAAGAGGCGACGAAGGCACCGUGUGCAAAUAUGCCGAAAAUGCUAACAGAAAUGCAAGGAGUGUAACCAACAAUCAUCAUCGUUCUACGAAUGCCAGUGCGGACAAUGACGUGGAAACCUUAACACCUGAACAAAUCGAUGUUAUUAAACAUCAAAAAAAUGGAGACACGGAGAGCGCGUUUGGUCCAAACGCGUUGUAUCCAGAAUUGCCACCGAAUCAUCCGGAAAUCGCCCGUAUUGCCAAAAUAGAAAUGCCACCAAAAAGUAGAUGUCCCGUGGAAAAUGGUGUCAUAAAAACUCCCUGGGGUCCAGUUUCUGCCGGUUCAUUGAUCUCUGGUAUAGCCGCCGGACUUGAACCGCAAAUAGUUAGAGCUUCGGAUAUUUUAUUCGAUAAAUCGCCAGAGGAAAAAGAAAAACUGUCGAAAAUAUUACUGGAUAAUAGAUGGUUCGCAACUGUGGCUGGCGACUUGGCUGUAGUCGCUGUAAGACAAGGUCCUACAGAACAGAAAAUUAGCGUGGGUGUAAAUGGAAAUUGGAACUCGACUGUGCCACAUUGGUAUUUUCUGAGCGCCAAUGAAAAAUUACAUUUCACCACAGCGCGAAUCAGAGGAGAUUUGGAUGGAUUGAUUUUUGCGAAUCAAAUAGAAUCUUUGUACGGAAAAGUACCUACUCUAAAAUUAUCGCAGAUUUUGGAUUUAUAUUACAGUUCACACGGAUUGUUCAGUACUUCACUUAGAGCGUGUAAUCGCAGAGCAUUAUUCUCGGAAAUUGCACAAAAUUCCACAAUGUUUGAACAGACCCAUAAUGCUUCUUUCAUUUUGAAAAAUUUACAUGAAGCUGUAAUAACUGUCGAAGCGAGUAAGGCAUUUGCAGUGCAAGCAGCAAACGAGUUGACCAAUUAUGUCCAAUCUUCAAUGAAUAAGGAUCUAUCGUGUGACGAUAUAAAUAAAGGAAUUUAUAGUGACAUUAUUCAGGUUGCUAUUGAUCUAACAAUUAUUCUCGACACAACAUGGCGUUUUGAAACAAUAUAUCCAAUUAUUUUAAAUAUACUUGACAAUGUAGAGAUAAAUCGGUACAACAGCAAGUUCACGCUUAUUAAUGGCCGCGAUGGUAGUAUUAUGAUCAACACUACCAUCAGUAUCUUAGAUAUUGGUUCUUAUAAUGUAACACAUUAUAGAAAUGUCACGAAUACUGGCUUUGAUUUUUUCCGAUCACUUGAGAAAUUAAAUGAUUUACAAAGACAGAAAUUAAAUGACAAACGUAAUGGUUUUGGACAUGGAAAGUCCGAUGUAGUAUUAUUUAUUCCAUACACAUCAACUGUUGCCAAUGAGGACAAAGAGUUUUGCAUAAAUGAGUUAAAAAAAAUGCGAGAACAAGUACCAGAUGCUACGAUACUUAUAAUGACCUCUGGAUCAAAGGACACAUGGAUAGAUUUUGUAAGAGAUGCUGAAACUGAUUUGUUCAUUAUCACUACUACGGGUGAACUGCAAGGCAAUUCAGCAAUUAAUAGUGUAAUUUCGAGAAUAAAACAAGUUCCGCAGCGUUUGAUUAAUACACAAUGUGGAGCCGAUUACGACAGCACCGGAUCAUCAUCUAAUUCGUUUAUCGACUAUAUUGAACCGGGUACGAUAAUUUCUUAUAGGUUGCAUCCUAAUUAUUUCUUCUCUACUGACAGCAACCAUGUUUCAAAAGUAAAGAUUGAAGGGUUCGGCUGGGGCAUAUUGAAUGUAUGCACGUCACGUAUACGUGCCAUUAACUCUAAUUCGACAGACGAUGUGUCAUGCACGUUGGUAAAUGACAACAUGCACAUCAUUGAGGUGUCAUGUGGCGGUGCCGAGUUUAUACAUCGCUGUGAACCGUUAUACGUAUCAGUAAUAGCCAAUUCGUCAAUUAUGAACUUUCACUGUAAAGAUACAGAAGUAUGCAGAUACCCUCAUAUGAUCAAAUACACCGUUUCCUACGAAGAUUUGGUGUGCACGAGUAACGCGAGCGCAAAUGUACUGAGCGUUAUUGUUUUAAUCGCGAGUAUAAUUUAUAUUUUUCUGUAACACAUUAUAAUAGAAAUUAAUGUUAUUUCACAUGUUUGUUCUCAAUGAUCAAAUUGAAGUCAUUAAACAUGUUUCAAUACAUUAAUCAAAUUAGAAUUGAGAGUUGUACUACAUAUAUAUGUAUAUGUUACAACUAUGCAUACACACAUGCAUUCCCAUUACUGCGAUUUACAAUAAUGAAAAAAAAAAAAAAAAGGUUUUAUAGGUUUAAUGUAGUCUUUUUUUAUAUAUAUUUGAAUGAGUGAAUGAAUAUAAAACUGCUUACGUAAGUAAAAAGAUCAAUAUAAAACAUUAAAAAGGUAGUACGUCAUAUUCUUAAAUGUAAGGCUUACAAAGCGUCACUGUAUGAUCAACUCCGCACGCAACUUUUUUCACUUGAGCGCCUACCGCGACCUGUGCAAGAAGAAAACAGCAAAAUGUUAUAUAUAAAAACUUUCUAUACAUGUAU